UAUGUAAGUCAGUCAGCUCUAGCUACAGCUAGUGUGUUACGCUGCCGUUAAGCCGCACUUGAUGUGCCUUUAAACAACUCCAAAUCGCUCCCCAACUCGUUACAAGUCCGCGAACCGCGCUCGAAGAAACACACCACAACAAGUCUUGGUUCCAAAAGUCGGCAGUUUUGGUCGUAAUCAGCGUCGCAGUCGCAGCAGUGAUUAUUCAGGAAGUGGUUCGCCUGUUGGCUUAACUUUAAGGCGUGCGUGAGUCCGCAAAGAAGAGACAGGCCCGGCCUUCAACGCGGUUACGCCGACCAAGACCACGCGAGAUUCUUCGCCGAGUUGCAUCGAACAAUAACAGCUGCAUUGGCGCGAAAGGGAAAAUACCUUCCUAGGCGGUGUGCGCAGUUUGUGCAGCAGAGUUAUCUCAUCGAAACCCGAGGCUACCAGACUGUUUGUGCGGACAAGGCACCGAGUUGUAACGACGCUAGUACGUGACACAAACGUCUAGUAGUACAAGUGCAUCGUUGCAGCGACUGUGGACGAUCCCUUGCUGGGUUUGCAAAAGUUGGCGCCGAGGCCGAGAAUCGUGUUUUGUGGCUUGGUUGCAGAAACUGCUGUAACUUCUGAGUUGAAGCUGAGUGCGGUGCUUGAUCGAGUGUUGAAAUUGAAAUUGAGAGUUAGUUGAGCGGUUAAGUUCUACCGAAACGGUCGUCCAAGUCGUGUAUCGGGUUUGUCGUCGAUGUGUGUUGUUGACUCUUGCUUUGCUGAGCAAGUCAAAGUGUGCCAGUGAUCUUGCAGUGAGCCAGUUUGGUUCUGAGUGGGAAAACAUAGGAAAAAAUAUGAAUAAGUUUGUGAUAUUACUCGCCACCGUGCUGGUGCUCUCCAACAUCCCCGUUGAGGCCACCGUCGUGCGGUUGUUCACCGAUCUGCUGCAAAAUAACGUGGCCGGAAUUCCGUUGAUUCACAAAACCGAAGAGUUCGAUUUCGACCCGGAGGUCAGCAAGAAGCGCCGCGAGAUGUACUACGAGCAACACGGAUACCGUGGCGAGAAGGCCAUCGAGCGGCUCGGACUGGGAAUCGACGGCAAGCACCGUGAACGGGCGGAACACCAACGGCAACGGGACGAGGGACAUCUCAACGGACUGAACAUUCUGCAGCCUUGAAUUGGGGAUAGCGAGGGACAUAAUGUAGUUGAAUUUGGUUGUGAAAUGUGAAAAGUGAUUUUUUAUUGGAAAUUGUUAAGAGUUGUGCCAGUGAAUAGAGUCGUAUGCAUUGUACCUGGAUGGUUCCAUCUGCUAUAAUAAUACAAAGUGUCGAAAGCACAAACCUGAUGCUAACGUCACUUUAAAGAAUUGAGACAUUUCUCGGUAGUUUCGAUGAAAACUGCUUUUGAGAAAGAUCGAUUCUGAAUAAAACAUUUGCUCACGAAAAACUAAUAAGAGUAAGAUAGUUUUAAAGUGAAUAAGAAUUAUGCUGAGUAUAAAUUUGAUGUUAAAUUAUGAA